GGAGGCGGCGGCUCAGGCGGAGGAGCAGAAGCUGCUGCGGCCGCGGGUGGGAGCGGUUGGUGCACCCAUCCCGGUGUCCUGAGCCAUGAAUCCCAACUGUGCCCGCUGCGGGAAGAUCGUUUAUCCCACCGAGAAGGUGAACUGCUUGGAUAAGUUCUGGCAUAAAGCAUGUUUCCACUGCGAGACCUGCAAGAUGACCCUAAACAUGAAAAACUACAAGGGCUACGAAAAGAAGCCGUAUUGCAACGCACACUACCCGAAGCAGUCCUUCACCAUGGUGGCAGACACUCCCGAGAACCUGCGCCUCAAGCAGCAGAGCGAGCUCCAGAGCCAGAUUCGCUACAAGGAAGAGUUUGAGAAGAACAAGGGGAAAGGCUUCAGCGUGGUGGCCGACACUCCGGAGCUGCAGAGAAUCAAAAAGACUCAGGAUCAGAUCAGCAAUAUCAAAUACCAUGAAGAGUUUGAGAGGAGCAGGAUGGGCCCGAGUCCCAGCGAGGGUGCUGAGCUGGAGCGCAGGAACUCCCAAGAGAGCACCAAUUACCGGAGACCCGCAGAGCAGCAGCAUCAGCCGCCUCAUCACGUCCAACCCAGCAACCCAGGCUACCAGCAGCAGCAGCAGCCGUCGUCCCAGUCCUACGGCUACAAGGAGCCCGCGGCACCAACCUCUACGCAGCGCAGCGCUCCUUCUGGAGCAGGGAAGCGUUUCCGCGCCGUCUACGAUUACAACGCGGCUGACGAAGACGAGGUCUCCUUCCAGGAUGGCGACACCAUCAUCAACGUGCAGCAGAUCGACGAUGGAUGGAUGUACGGCACGGUGGAGCGCACGGGCGACACAGGGAUGCUCCCUGCCAACUACGUGGAGGCCAUCUGAGCCGCGGGACGGGACGGGGCACGUGGCUGACAGCCGAGCCCCCGGCCCACGCCGGCCCCCGUGUGUGUGUGCGCGCGCGUCUCUCUCUCUGCCCCAGCAUCCCUUGUCCCACGUGCUCUGCCAUCGCCCACCAGAGCCGCGUCCUGACGUCUCGGUUACUCUUUUUCUGCAGCCGCCUCUGGUUUCUCUUGCCAAUUUAGCUUUGUUUUAGCUCUGUCGGGACCGAGGGACUGUCUGCCAGGGAUGCUGGGGGCUCGAGAGACCAAACCGCCGCAGCUUUCCUUCUCCUUAGGUCUCCCUUCUCUCUGGCUCUCCCGGGCGCUCCGGCAUUUCCCGGCUGAGGGAAGCAGCCAGGAUCCCGCAAAGGGAGGAGGAGACCCUCUGUUAGGACCAAAUUGCUCCUGCCCUGGCAGGGAUGGGCAGAGGGCAGCGAUGUCUGCAGGGAUGAGGUGAGGGGUGCUCAUUCCGAGGGCUGGGAUGGGCUGGCAGCCUCCGCCCUGCACUGCUCCGGCUCAUCCCGUUGCUUCUCCUGGCUCCUGUGCAGCAUUUCCAUUCAGUCUUCACUCCCUUCAGUCCUCAAAACAGGAAAACAUUCACGGUUAAAAUCCUUAUACAAAAUCUUCCUUUCUCCUUGGCCUUCGAAGCGGGGGCUUUGGCUGCCUCAUUCCGCAUCUCCAUCCCUCGGGAUGGAGCCGAGGGGCUGGGAAGGUGCAGGUGAAGGUGUAGCCGCAGCGCUGCUCCUGUUGGAGGGCUGGAGGUGGGCUGGGCUCCACGCUGAGGGGAAGCGCUGCGAUGCUACGCCCUCCCGUCCCCCUGCCCCGCUCCAGGUUUGUCUUUGGGCGCAGGAGCCGGGGGUCCCCAAGAACAGCCUCUUUCUCUCUUGGCAGUGGUCGCUCCCCAAAUUCACUCAGAACCUUCCUGCUUUUCUCGUGCUGCUGUGGGGCUUUUGGGACCCUCUGAGGGUAGAUGGGUAGAUGGUCUGGGGAGCCGGCAGGAUCAACUCCAGUCCCUGUGCCUCUUCCGAGCCUCGUGUGAAAGAUCCUCCCUCUGUUUCACCGCACUGGGGACCAUCCUGGGUGCGUGUCCUCUCUGGCAGCUCGGAAUUGAGUGGUGGAAACCAGGGUUCAGCCCCCCUGAGCCAACCCGCACCUCUCGCUGCUCCUCAGUGGUGGUGGUUCUGGGACCACUUCUCAUUAGGGAUGGUGUCGUGGACCAAAAAUCUCAUAGCACAUCCCUGUCUCCUGCUCUUUUGGGCUUGGAAGGUACUGGAGAUGGAUGGGGCAGGUCUAACUGGAAGCCUGUGUGGGGACGGUGGGAGAAGGAUGCUCUUCUGGCUCAGAGAAGCCAAACGUUGGGAAGCGGUGAUGCCUUUGUGCUGCCUCCAGCACUCCCAUUGCUCCGUGGCCACUCGCAGCUCAGCCUGGGCCAUGGACACUGGGCAGCUGGAGAGGACCAUCCCCACGCCAGGCUGCAGGGCCAGCUUCCGAGGGGAAGCUGCCACUUCUAUCUAUUCCUUAAGGAAAAUAAGGAAUCUAGGGACCAAAGUGGCUGAGUUGAGACAUUCCUUGGCUCUCUCCGGGGACACAUCCUUGGAGACGGUCUCAUGGAGAGGAUCCCACCACCUCGUGCUUGCAGUCCCCUUUCUCAAAGCACGUGGGACUGCGGGGGUGGUUCGUGGCUGGGGUUGGGGUGACCACGCUCAGGGGGUGCUGGAGCAAACGCUGCUCCGGUGGGGAGGGACUCCUGGCCGGGCAGAGACCCACCAGAAGGACCUGAGAUGAUGAGAUGGGAGUAUUUUGUUCCUGACUCCUUCCCCAGCCGGCUGCAACGGGAAGAGUGACAGGGACUCCUGGCAUCGUCGUCGCCGCGGGGUGAGAACGGCACCCCAGAAGAAGCCGGGAUGGGCUUUACGGGAUGGGAAUCCCGGUUGGUGCUAAAACAAGCGAGCACAAGAGCAGGGGAGAGGGGGUGGCUGGGCAGGGGGGGAGCCUGCGUCUCCCUGCUAAUCCUCUUCUUAAUCACAUUCUUGUCUGGGAAUAGGGGGGGGAGUAUCAAUGUGAAUAAACUGUUUUUUUAAUGGACCAAAUAACACGGGCAAUUACAUUUUGGUAUAUAAACCUUUUUUUAAUGCUACCUGGAAACCAUUGUCCCGAUUCUCCCCUCCCACGCUCUGCCCCUUCUUCCCUGCCAUGGGAAACCAACCUCUUACCGCUUGAUUUCUGCCUUUUCUCUCAACUUAUGCACUUUUUUGCCUUUUUUUUCAUAGCUGAAAAGCACCUAAACCUGUAUUUAAAAGAAAGAAACAAAGAAAAUAGUAAAAAAAAAAAACCCAGAAAAAAGUAAAAGCUCAAUUGCUUCUCAUCGUGUGUAAAAUAGAUCUUGUCCAUCCCAGCUUUCCUGGUUGCAUCUCAGUGCUGAGCUUAGAACGUGUUUUCUUCUGGAUCCAUCGCUUGAUUGGGGUUUGUCCUUGUGUACUCCUUCCCGUCGGGUUGAGCACCCACUGGUAAAAAAACACAAUUUGGCCUUUUUUAACCGAACCAUCAAAUGGAACAAACUGACCGAUUCUCUCCCCGGUUUACUCGAAUUAAAAAUAAAAGUAUAAUUUUUA